ACUUAUUCAAAGAUCAAGAAGUGCGAGUACAGAGUGCCAAGCUACUUGAGAAAACCUGCUGCUGAUAUGGUGAUCUCCAUGCUCCAGCCGAACCCUGAGACCGCCCCAGCAAUUGGCCAGUUGCUGAACUACGACUUCCUGAAGGGCUCGAAGGUGCCAACGUUCUUGCCAAGCUCUUGCCUAACUAUGGCUCCGCGAAUUGCAUCAACGACACCAUUGAAGACUCCAUUCAUCGCAAGCCGCUGAUGGAGAUGAACGGCAUUAGGGAUGAUACUCGUCUGGAGUCAACAUUCCUCAAUACCAACUUGCACGACGCCAUCACUGCCUCGGCCCAGGUGUGCCGCCACAACGAAGACUACCGCAGCGACAUUGAGAGCUUGCACCAGCAGCUCACCAAUCUGAUCAACAACAAGCCGCGCAUACUGCAAGGCAAUCUCGAGGAUGAGAAUACCGAUCCUGCAGCACAGCCGCUCUUCUGGAUAUCCAAAUGGGUCGACUACAGUGAAAAAUACGGCUUCGGUUAUCAGCUCUGUGAUGAGGGCAUUGGCGUUAUGUUCAACGACACAACCAAAUUGAUUCUGCUUCCGAACCAGAUCAACGUCCACUUCAUAGACAAGGACGGAAAGGAGAGCUACAUGACUACGACCGAUUACUGCAAGACACUUGAUAAAAAGAUGAAGCUGCUUUCCUACUUCAAGCGUUACAUGAUCGAGCAUCUCGUGAAGGCUGGAGCCAAUAAUGUGAACAUUGAGAGUGAUCAGAUAUCGCGUAUGCCCCAUUUGCACUCCUGGUUCCGCACAACGUGUGCUGUGGUCAUGCAUCUUACCAACGGUUCCGUACAGCUUAAUUUUUCGGAUCACAUGAAGCUCAUUCUUUGUCCGCGUAUGAGUGCCAUUACAUACAUGGAUCACGAGAAGAACUUCCGCACAUAUCGCUUCUCGACCAUCGUGGAGAACGGUGUGUCCAAAGAAUUAUAUCAAAAGAUACGCUAUGCCCAAGAAAAACUUAGAAAAAUGCUGGAGAAGAUGUUUGUUUAAUUGUUGGAUGAUGUUCACCAUCUCCACAACCUACCAGCGGACUAUCAUUCUAAGGCAAAAUGUUAGUUUAAGCUAAAUCACGAACGCCUUAGCCAACCCAACCUAACCAUUCAUCUGUUCCCACGCCAAUUCUUUCCCACAAUCGUAGUUUCUGUCCAAAUUUGUAUUUACUGUUUAACGUUUUUUUUUUUGUUUGGUUUUGCAUUCCACUUUAGUUCCCUGUUUAACGUUUAUAUCUGUUCAAAUAUUUUCGUACACGAAUAUCGAAAGAAAUUAUUAAUAAAUAAAAAUAAAUGUAUACUUUUAGAAAUUACAAGUAA